AUGAUCCCGCGCAUCCUUUGGCACAUGGGGGCUGGCAUCCUGCGCCGGAAGCUUUCGCCUCAGCCGCCGGGUGCGCUACUCAGGUACCCCGGCGUUUGGAAGACGCGCGCGUCGCUGAAGGACUGCAACUUCACGGGCACGCUGCGGGAAAACGCUUACUACCGGAGCAUGGAGCUGGCCAUUUGGUAUGGAUGCGGCGUGCAGGGCAUUCUGCACGCCUGCGCGCGUAACCGCUGGUACUUCGUCUUCGGCUCGCAGGGCAUCCGCCACUUUAAGGACAUCAAGCUCUUCCAGCGCUACGAGGUGCACACGCGCAAUGUGUACUGGGACGACGACUGGCUCUUCCUGCUGGCGCAGUUUAAGUGCCCCGAUACGGGAGAGAUCUUCGCCGAGGGUCUGUCGCGCUGCAUGCUGCGCCACGGCAGGGAUCGAGUGGACUCGAGGCAGCUGUACAAGGAAAUGGGCGUGGACGGCUUACCCCACGAACACGAAAUGCCCGAAGUUAUCCAGAAGUUUCUGCAAUGGGACGCCGCGACGGAGGUCGACAUGAAGGAGACGGCGGAGGUCAAUGCCAUGGCCUACGAUUCCAGUCACAAGCCCAGUUUGAUGUCAGCUCACUCGAUGAAUCUGCCUUUUCAGGGCCAUGUUCAUGGACAUGGAUACCACGUGAAGGAGGACUCGAUGAGAUGCGGCAGGAAAACAUGA